AUGAUCUCCCUCUCCUCCGUGGCAAUUGCCCUGACGACUGUCGUCGGCGCCUUGGCCCUUCCUAGCGACCAGUCUGUCAACCUCGCCGCGCGCCAGGCCAUUACCUCCUCCCAGACGGGCACCAACAACGGCUAUUAUUAUUCCUUCUGGACCAAUGGUGCAGGCUCCGUGAGUUACAGCAACGGGGCUGCCGGUCAGUUCAGUGUCAACUGGGCCAACCAGGGCGGUGGUGAUUUCACCUGCGGAAAGGGAUGGAAUCCCGGAAAGGCUCAGGACAUCUCUUUCUCCGGCACUUUCACCCCCAACGGAAAUGCCUAUCUCUCCAUCUAUGGCUGGACUACUGGCCCUCUGGUUGAGUAUUACAUUCUGGAGAACUUCGGAAGCUACAACCCUGGCAACGGCAUGACCCAUGUGGGCACCCUGACCAGUGACGGUUCGGACUAUGAUAUCUACAAGCACACGCAGGUCAACCAGCCGUCGAUCGUUGGCACCUCCACUUUCGAUCAAUACUGGUCCAUUCGCAAGAACAAGCGCUCCAGCGGUACCGUCACCACUGCCAACCACUUCAGCGCCUGGGCUUCGCACGGUAUGAACCUCGGCUCGCACAACUACCAGAUUCUUUCCGUCGAAGGCUACCAGAGCUCUGGCUCGGCCUCCAUGACUGUGUCUGCCGGCAGCUCUUCUUCGGGGGGCUCUGGCUCUGGCUCCGGCUCCGGCUCUGGCAGCGGUUCGGGCAGCGGUUCCCAGACCACCACCGCGGGCUCAAGCACCGGCACCGGCACCGGUUCUGGCUCUGGUAGCGGCUCCGGUGGCUCUGGCGGCAACUGUGCUGCUCAAUGGGGCCAAUGUGGUGGUCAGGGCUGGAACGGCCCGACUUGCUGCUCUUCCGGCACUUGCAAGGCUUCUAACCAAUGGUACUCCCAGUGCCUGUAG